UUCAGCUUUAAUUUUGAGGGAACGCAGUUAAUAUUAGAACAUAAAUAUAACUAUUUUUUUACCAAUAUGUGCAUCACUGUGGAACUUCCCAUAAACAAUACAACUUAUUUAUUGAGUUCAUAGAAUUUUGGUGUCUCACAUAAGGUGCCCAUAUGUUAGAUAUUCUCAUAGCACCUCUUGUUUUACAUCUGAAUUUUGGAUAAAAUAAAAUAGAAAAUACUUUGCUGUCUCAAUUUUGAUGUGACAUGUAUCUCUUCCCUCAGUUAAACUACACUAUGUUGUAUGGGAAACUAUGUGAUGCCUUCUAUAUGAUAGGUUUAUGAUGAUUCCAUUCGUGGUCAUAUUUAACAUUCCAGACAAUGUAUGGGACAUUUGUGUAUCCCCGUAUUUGCUUUUUACCUUAAAAAUGUUUGCUGGCGUUAUGUUUCAUUUAGUUUUGUAACUUCGACCUCUAUAGUUGUCUAGCAUUCCAUUUGUCCAAGUAUUUUUAUUCCAGUGGAAGGAAUGGUACUUGCAGAUAACUUUGCACUUAUUCUCUGCAAAGAGAGCUUUAUUCUGUUUACGCCAUCCCCAUUGUAGUGCUUUUUAUGCUGUCUAUCUUGCAACGUUUUUGAUACUUAUUUCCUUGGAAUACGGUGCAGUGACACUGAUUCCCCUGCUUCCUCUGGCAGUUAUACAUGCUUACGAAUUCUGAUUUUGUAGUCAAAAUUUGUAGUGGUAAAGUUACUCAACAGUGAGGAUUUCUAAAGCUCAACAGAACUAGAUGAUACUUGCAUAAUGUGGCCCUCAGAUAUUUGGAAGGCGCAUGCAGGGUCAUCACAGUCAGAGGGAUCAGCACUGGAUAUGGAGAGAAACGGAUGCAACCAUAACUGUUGCCCAUCUCCUCUCCAACCAAUUGCAUCAGGUGGUCAGCACUCUGAAAGCAGCGCUGCAUAUUUUUCUUGGCCAACAUCUACUCUAAUGCACGGGUCUGCCGAAGGCCGCGCUAAUUACUUUGGGAACCUACAGAAGGGUGUGUUACCUGGACAUCUUGGCCGCUUGCCAACAGGGCAAAGGGCCACCACCUUGCUUGAUUUGAUGAUUAUAAGAGCAUUCCACAGCAAGAUCCUACGUCGCUUUAGUCUUGGUACAGCAAUAGGCUUUCGAAUCAAGAAGGGUACAUUGACUGAUACUCCUGCCAUCCUUGUUUUUGUUGCUCGGAAGGUGCACAGGAAGUGGCUCAGCCCUACACAGUGCCUUCCGGCUCACCUUGAGGGACCGGGGGGAGUGUGGUGUGAUGUCGAUGUUGUUGAAUUCUCUUACUAUGGGGCACCAGCACCAACUCCAAAGGAACAAUUGUAUGACGAGCUUGUUGAUGGUCUGCGUGGUAGUGAUCCAUCUAUCGGCUCUGGUUCACAGGUAGCUAGCCUUGAAACAUAUGGUACAUUGGGUGCCAUUGUGAAGAGUCGAACUGGUAAUAAGCAAGUAGGCUUCCUGACAAACAGGCAUGUUGCGGUUGACCUGGAUUACCCUAACCAGAAGAUGUUCCAUCCCUUGCCCCCGAAUCUUGGGCCUGGUGUAUACCUAGGUGCUGUUGAGCGAGCAACAUCAUUUAUCACAGAUGAUGUUUGGUAUGGUAUCUAUGCGGGAACAAAUCCAGAGACAUUUGUCAGAGCUGAUGGUGCAUUUAUACCGUUUGCUGAUGAUUAUGACAUAACUAGUGUUAAUACCUCAGUCAAAGGAGUUGGAGUCAUAGGUGAUGUAAAGGCAAUCGAUCUACAAUCCCCAAUUAGCAGUCUCAUCGGAAGACAGGUUGUCAAAGUUGGAAGAAGCUCUGGUUUGACGACAGGGACCGUUGUGGCAUACGCUCUUGAAUACAAUGAUGAGAAGGGCAUAUGCUUCUUCACAGACUUUCUUGUUGUUGGGGAGAACCAACAAACAUUUGAUCUUGAAGGGGAUAGUGGAAGCCUUAUAAUCUUAACAGGAAAAGAUGGCGAAAAGCCACAGCCCAUAGGGAUUAUAUGGGGUGGCACAGCCAAUCGGGGGAGGUUGAAGCUCAAAAGUGGUCAGGGUCCUGAGAACUGGACAAGUGGGGUUGAUCUCGGACGGCUUCUGGAUCUAUUGGAGCUUGAUCUAAUCACUACAAGUGAAGGACUACAAGAGGCCCUAGAGGAACAACGAAUUAUUCUAGCUGCUGCUGCAGCAGCAGCUAAUUCAACUGCUGGGGAAUCGUCACCUGUUGCUGGUCCUCAAGAAAAUGAGAAAGUUGACAAGAUUUACGAGCCUCUUGGAAUCAACAUCCAACAGCUUCCAAGAGACAAUUCAGCCACCUCCACAGGACCCGAUGAGUUCCAUGUCGACACGGUGGAAGGCGUCACCAACGUCGAGGAGCGCCAAUUCCUCAUUGGCAUGUCUCCAGCACGCGAAGGCCAAGAAGCCAAUGGCGACCUGAACAACCUUGCGGAGCUAGAGAAUUCACCUGAAGACAUUUGCUUCUCCCUGCAUCUGGGCGAGAGGGAGCCCAAGCGACUCCGCUCCGAUUCGUCGCUGGACAUAGACUUGCAGAAAUGAAAUGAAGCUGUGUGCUGCUGUUCCAUCACCACCCAGCUCUGUAUAACCUAGUGAAGGCAGUUCCAUUCUAUGAACCCAAUAGAAAUAAAUAUGGGCUAGGUAUUUGUUUCCGGAAACUAUCUAGAUAGGUAUCCGGAUAAUUUCUAUCGUUUUCACAGGAUACAAGCCUUACUGUAUUUGUUUCUGUUUUUAAAAAAUUUUCUGAAUUCGUUUCUGUUUUAGGUACCAUCCAAAAUUAUCUUUCCGACACUGGCCGUUUUGAAAAGGUGACUGGAUGGUUAUAAACUAUCGAAACCGAUUUCAUCACGCC